CCGGCCAGCGGUUCCAUCUCUCCUUCUCUCCAACGUUUGCUCCCUGCCAAACAAGAUUGACUAUCUCCGGCUCCAGCGGACAUCCCAGCGCGAGUUCAGAGACUGCUGUGUGUUCGUUUUCACGGAGAUGUGGUUAACGAACUCCAUCCCGGACUCCGCGAUUGAGGUGAGCGGCAUGCUAUGCUACCGCGCGGACCGUGACGCCGGCCUCUCGGGCAAGGUUCGUGGAGGUGGGGUGUGUGUUUACAUCAACACAGCAUGGUGUAACAACGCUGCGCUGAUCUCCAGCUACUGCUCGCCGCUGGUGGAGUUUGCUGUAGUCAGAGCCAGGCCAUUCUACCUGCCCAGAGAGCUUAGCAGCGUGUACAGAAUAGCAGUGUAUGUAGCACCCAGUGCUAAUGCUAACGGUGCUAAUGCUAACGCUCUGCAAGAACUGUACCCUGUUAUCUCCAAACUCCAGAACUCACACCCCGACGGACUGUUUAUUGUUGCUGGCGAUUUCAAUCACAGUAAUCUGAAGGCUCUGCUGCCCAGCUUUCAUCAACAUGUGGAUUUUCCAACCCGUGGAGCUAACCUGCUCAAUUGUGUGUAUACUAACAUUCCCGGUUCGUACAGAGCAGAGCCCCGCCCCCACUACGGCUACUCUGAUCAUAUCACUGUCAUGCUCAUCCCAGCAUACAGACAGCUCAUCAGACGUGCCAAAUCAGAGAAGAAGCAAGUUACAACCUGGCCUCCAGGAGCCAUCUCUGCUCUUCAGGACUGUUUUGAGCACACUGACUGGGACAUGUUCAGAGAAGCUGCUACCUCUUAUGACUCCAUCAACCUGGAGGAGUACACAGACUCAGUGACUGGCUACAUCAGCAAGUUCAUUGAGGAUGUUACUGUCUCCAAAACCAUCACAACCCGCCCCAACCAGAAGCCGUGGAUGACUGCAGAGGUGCGUGUGCUGCGGAGAUCCCGAGACAAGGCCUUUAAGUCAGGGGACAGGGCUGGCCUCCGAUCAGCUAGAGCCAAGCUCUCCCGGGGGAUCAGAGAGGCAAAGCGCAUCUACGCAAAGAAAAUCCACGCCCACUUCCAGGACACUACUGACACUCGGCGCAUGUGGCAGGGCAUCCAGACCAUCACCAACUACAAGUCACCCCCCCUUCUUGUAACAGUGAUGCCUCCCUUCCAGAUGCACUGAACUCCUUCUACGCAAGGUUCGAAACACAGAACUACACGACAGCAAGGAAGACUACACCUCCUCCAAACGACCAGGUACUGUGCCUGUCCUCAGCUGAU